CACAAACGUAUGGGUCUGUCCUCCGGCCUUGUUCAUUCCUUAUUUCUCUAAGGCAUAACCAUAAAUCCCCGACCUCACAGAAGGAUGGGGUAGCUUCAUUAAUGAUUUGUCAGGCGCUUAAACAAGCGCCAGGCCCCUCAGGCAGUGCGCGUCCGGGCCCCGAUGCGCGCCCGUGCGCCAGGGGCCGGCCCAGCCCGGCAGAAGGUUACCGGCCAGGCCCAAGCCAACUCCUGAGCAGUCAAGGGGCAGCGCUCCCCGACCUCGGCCGCCCUGGCGCUCUGUCAGGCCAGGCUCGACGCUCCGAACGGGUCGGGUGACACCGCGUCCUCGAGUCCCGGGAUGAGGGAGGGGGAGCCGCGCACCUGCCGGGGCCCGCCCCGCUGUGCGGCCAGGGAGCGGAGCGCAAGGCACCUCCCGCCCCGGCGCGGCGGCGGCAGCCGAAAGGGCACGGCUCGGCCCCCGCCCGCCACAGCGUGGUGCCGGCGGCCGCCCGCCCCCGCCCGCGCACGUGUGCCGGGGAAGGCGUUCGGUGCCGUUCUCCGCCCGGGCGGCGCUUCCCCUCGCUCCCCGCCACCUCCCCUUCGCAGCGGGAGCGGAGAGCAGCCUCCGCCCGACACGCCCGGCAGCGCCGGGGCCGCUCGCCGACGUGCCUCCCGCGCGGGCGGCCGCCCAGCCAGGACGUCGCCGGCGCCGAUGGCCGCCCCGCUGCCCGGUGUGCCGCGCGCCUCAGGGACGGUGGCGGAACCCGAGGGCGGCGGCCCCCACGGCGCAGUGGGCUCCCCCUGCCUGCUCCCCCGAUCCCCCGGGGGGGACCCGCCGCCCUCGCCCCCUGACAGGAGAAAACAGAAAGAUGACAAUAUUUUGGAGAUCUCAUCAAUUCCAAACCCUUUUCCUGAGCUCUGCUGCUCUCCAUUUGCAUCAGUUUUGUCAGCCAGACUGUUGUCCAAGGAAACUUCAAGAAAAAAGCAGGUAAUUAAAGUAUAUAGUGAAGACAAUACUAGCAGAGCUUUGGAAGUACCAAGUGAUAUAACAGCCAGGGAUGUAUGUCAGCUCUUGAUACUGAAGAACCACUACAUUGAUGACCAUAGCUGGACUCUGUUUGAACAACUUACCCACACAGGUUUAGGAAGAGCUAUAGAGGACCAUGAAUUAGUAAUGGAAGUCCAGUCAAAUUGGGUAAUGGAAGAAGAAAAUAAACUGUAUUUUAGAAAAAAUUAUGCCAAGUAUGAAUUUUUUAAAAAUCCACUGAGCUUUUUUCCAGAUCAUAUGAUAUCUUUCCCAAGUGAGACCCAUGCAGCUGUAAGCCACUCUGGGAUAUUACAGAUGUUCCUAAGCUCCAGCACAUAUCCUGAGAUUCAUGGUUAUUUGCAUGCAAAGGAGCAGGGGAAAAAAUCCUGGAAAAAAUUGUACUUUCUUUUGAGAAGAUCUGGCCUUUAUUUUUCCAUUAAAGGUACAUCUAAGGAGCCAAGGCACCUGCAGUUUUUCUGUGAAUUCAGCAAUAGUGAUAUGUACAUGUCUUUGACAGGCAAAAAGAUUUCUGGAGCACCAACAAACUAUGGAUUCUGCUUUAAGCCUAACAAAUCAGGAGGAACCAGAGACCUGAAACAGCUCUGUGCAGAUGAUGAACAAAGUAGGACCUGUUGGAUGACAGCAAUUAGGUUGCUUAAGUAUGGGAUGCAGCUGUAUCAGAAUUACAUGCAACCAUAUCAAGGUAGAAGUGGCUGCAGCCCUUUGAAUAUAACACCUAUGAGAAGCAUUUCAGAAAAUUCUUUGGUAGCAAUGGAUUUCUCAGGACACAGAAGCAGAAUUAUAGAAAAUCCAACAGAAGCCCUUUCAGUUGCAGUCGAAGAAGGAUUAGUGUGGCGGAGGAGAGGUUGUCUACGACUCAACUCACAUGGUAGUCCUAUUGCCAUGUCUAACAUGGCUAUACACCGAUCUCAGUCGUGGUUUCAUCAUAAAAUAUCUAGAGAAGAGGCUCAGAGACUUAUUUUGCAGCAUGGACUUGUAGAUGGGGUAUUCCUGGUACGUGAUAGCCAAAGUAACCCCAAAACAUUUGUAUUGUCACUGAGUCAUGGAUUAAAAAUAAAGCAUUUUCAGAUUGUACCUUUGGAAGAUGAUGGGAAGCUAUACUAUACCCUUGAUGAUGGUCAUACCAGAUUUACUGAUCUCAUCCAGCUAGUGGAAUUCUACCAACUUAAUAAAGGAGUACUGCCUUGCAAGUUAAAACACUAUUGUGCACGAAUUGCUCUUUAACCAAAGUACCUGUUGUUUCAUCAAAGGGAAAGGAAGAUACUGGAAUUUUUUUCCCCUUAGAGGCAGUUUGUAUUGUAAGAAGGGAAAAAAGCAUUACAUUGUAAAGAGUCUAUGUUUAAGCUGCAAAAAAAAAAAAAAAUAUAUAUAUA